CCAUACGGCAGCCGGCGAGGGCCGCUCCCGGAGGGAACGCGGCCGUUGCCCGGGUGACGGGACGCCUUCCCUCGCUGCCGGCGGCGCGGAGGAUGAAGCCGCCUCGCUGCCUGUGCCGGAUCUGUACCUGCGGGCGCCAUCGCUGCCCUCACAAACCUACAAGGAUUUAUGAUAACGGACAACAGCCGUGCCUCACAACGGAGUAUGUGGAGAAAUAUCCCCUGUAUAGCAACAUCUCUCCUCCCCGGAGCCUCAAGCCAAAACAAGAAUACCAAGUGCAUCGUGGGAAAAUGGAAGGAAUUACAACAUUUAAAUCUGAUUAUUUACCAUAUGAUAUUGUGAAGAGACCUUUUCGGGUACAAGAAGAAUAUAAACCAAAGACGGGAGAGAUAGAUCUGGGAACCACAUACCGGAAAGAUUAUAAUGCUCAUAAAAUACAACCAGUGACAUUAGUGAGACCUCUAGAGAGAAAACACACUACUGGAGGAAAAUUGGAUACCAUACCAACCUAUCGAGACGACUAUAGGUCAUGGGAAGUUCAAAGAAGGGAACCUAGUAAGAUGGAGCAUAUAUACCAGCCACCAACAGAGAAGUUUGGUAAUUCCACUACGUUUCAAGAUGACUUUAUUCCUAGGGAACUGAAUCCCAGACAAAGCUUUAAACCUCCUUGUGUAGCCAAGCUUUCCCAUGUGCCUUUCGAUGGUACUACUUCCCAUCGCACUUCUUAUAUUGCUUAUCAACUGGCACCAAAAUUCGUAAGACCAAAAGAAGUGUACAAGCCAAGCAACCAACCCUUUGAAGAUCUCACAACCCACCGGAAUGAUUUUAAAGGGCUACCUGGACAACUUGCAAAAAGCUGCAAGCCUGAAAAUGCAAAAGUCAGAUCCAGCGCUCAUUUUAAUGGAGUCACUGAAUUCCAGGAUCGUUUUCAGCCAUGGCUGGUCUCCUUGCCUGAGGUCCGCAAAACAGAAGAGUAUGUUCCACCCCCAGGCAAUAUGGAUUUUAACUCCACAAGCCAUCUUGACUAUGUGAAGCACAAGAUUUCUCCUGCUGUCCCCAUAAGACCAGUUUCUUCUAAUGGAAUAAAAACCAACGCCCCUUUUCAAGGGACUACUACUACAAAGGAAGACUUCAAAGUUUGGGGCAGCUGUCAGCAAGAGAUUAUUAAGAAACAGCAGGAAAUUCCAAAACCUACAGGAAAAUUUUAUGAUUUAACUACAUUCAAAUCUCAUUAUAUACCACAUCAGAUCAUCCCAGCUCAAAGUUUCAAACCUGCACAUGCUAUAGUUCCUAAUCCAGCUCCUUUUCAAGAUGAAACUAUGUAUCGCACAGCAUAUACUCCAAAGAAACAAGAGAUCUGCCCGGCAAAUUAUCCAUCUCCUCCAGGUUAUGUAUAUAUAAACACAGAUUCUCAUGGUCACAAAUUCUACCGCCAGCUUACUCCAGAACUUUCUGAGUCAAAUAGCAAUCCUAUUCCAAAGGAAGUAGCUGUUGUGUCCUAAUACUGAGAUGCACUAUUUCAAGCACCUUUGUGAAAUCAUUGGAAUCUUAUUUGUUCAUUUUUUUCUUUAAAUAAUACUGAAAACAGAUAAAAUAAUGUAAAUCUUGAUUUUAAAGUAUUCAAACUAAUAACUUGAAGAAAAUCAAAGCAACACCAGAAGUUUAUUGCAAGACUAAUAAAGAUUUGCCAGAUUUUGUAGAAAUUAUGUAUUUUACAUGGCAUUUAUUCUUAUUCUUAUCAUGUGUUCUAGUUUCUGUGACCUCCCACAUUUCAUUAUGCUCCAUCUCAAGCAUAUGUAUUAUGCAUUUAAUUAUUUCAGAUUUUCUGCAAAUCAAAUGUUUGUAUUAGCAAAAUAGCAAUUAUCUUUUGAUAAUUUCUUGUUUUAUAGUAAGCAAAUAAUGCUACAAUAAUCUUAAUAAUUACCUCAGUUUCUCAUCUCAUCAAUACUGGAAUAAUCACAUAACAAUAUUUUUUUCUUUACAUUUUGCUGCCAAAAUCGUAAGACAACACCUCAUGCCACUUUGGCAUAUCUAUAAACCUAGUUCUGGCUUUAGUCAUCAUUACUUUUCCUUCCUUCAGUUCUGAGAAGAGUAUAAAGGUCAUACUGUAAUUUAUGAUAGUAAUUAAUAGGAAGUAAUCUCACUUUUUUCUGUGCACGUACUUAAAAUCCCUCAGACAUAAAAACCAGGUCAUUAGACUGUUUCUUAAUUUCCCAGAUAGUGUUUAUUCAGCCUUAAUUGCAACGGACACAAAGCUGAUGCAAAGCUUUGGAUACAAUAGCACCAAGUGUGUGUCCUCCCCAUCUGAGUAGUUUUUAAAUGCUAUGCAAAUUCAACAAAAUUUGAAAAGAGAUUUCACAUAUGAUUCUAUUGUUUAAUAGAAUUUAUUCAAGCAGUGAUUAUGUUUCUGCAUGAGAUUUAGUAUUUUCUCUCUGUCUUCCUUGAUUUCGUUAAAUCUAGAUGGAACUGAUUUCAGUCCUAUUAUGUUCAUGAUUUAAGCAAGUGCCAGUAAUUAAUUUAUGAUUAACACUAUUAUCAUGUUCUAUCGCAGUAUUGCAGUGCAAUUUCUUUCGGUAGUGCCUAUCUUGUGCGCACUGGUAUAGGGCAGUCAGAUGGGUUCUGAAGAAUUACAUGCUCGUAAUUUGUAAACCAAAUCACUGAUGGAAAGACGAAGAUCAAUGAUGGAGACAUGCUGAAAGCAGGAACUGGAACAUACGGCAAGGAAGAAAGCUGAACUGAGUGUAUUAGCUAUGCAAAAAGGCGUUGUAUCAGAGAGCUCCAGACGUUAUUAGAGCAUCAGUUACUUCUAGGUUGGUUUUGUCUUUGUACUGUGUUUUUGUAAUAUGAUUUAUUCCAUUAAUGAAACAAUAAUUCAAUUAAACUUUUCUCUCUGAAG